UUCUUGAAGGUUGUCAAGGAUCUCGGUUUGCUGCAUAAGAUUGGCAUGAUUACCUGUGACAACGCUAGUAAUAAUGAUACCAAGAUGGAACACAUCGAGCUGCUAUUGAAGCAGCGCGGGAUACCAUUUGACCGCCAUGGGAAUCGUAUCCGAGACGACCCUGAAUAUGCCCAAGCACUGUCGCAAGACGCGGUGGCUGCUGCCCGCAGUCUUGUGGUUGCGUGUCGUGCAUCUGGGCAACGUCGUGAAGACUUUCAGAAGACAAUCAUUAAUGGGAACAACUCUCGCGACUGGGAACCGCCUCUUCCCGCGAACGAGUUACUGCGUGACGUUGACACACGCUGGUCUUCAACUUUCCUUAUGAUAGAUCGCUUACUCGAAAUGUAUCCAGCGGUUAAUUGUUUCCUGCACCAUCCCAAACAAGAGGAGAUUAAGUACCACAUUAUUUCGAAGCCAGAGCAACGAGUCCUACUCGAUAUCAGAGAAUACUUGCAGGUUCCGCAUUCGGUGCAGGAAGUUGUGUGCUCCGAUCGGACCCCGACUGUGCCGAUCGUAAUCCCGCUCUAUGAAAUGCUGCUUGCUGCGCUGCGGCGCCUGCUGGAUUCACUGCCCAAAAUAGCCCAUGCUAUUUCUGCUGCGAUCUUCAAGAUAGAGGAGUACGUUAAGAAAGGGAGAAGGUCACGUAUCUAUGCUCUGGCAAUGGUUAUCAAUCCCACCACAAAGCUCAAAUGGAUAGAGGAGCAUUGGAAGCCAGAUGAGGCUCGGGACGCUAGGGAAUGGGUACUGCAAGAGAUGUUUAAAUAUCGCAAGGCCUUGCGGCCGGUACUCGACGCUGAGCAAACGAAGCAACGCCGCGCGGAGCAGAGCCAAACUCGCUCGAGCUCAGAUGAAGCAUCGCGCGCGCUUUCGCGCGGGUUCAGCUUUGUCAAAUCGCUCGCGAAAGGUGUCCAGGGAGCCUCGACGCCAUCAGCAUCUUCCGCACCAUCCCCGGCAUCCACUUCUGGCGAAGACAAUACUCCGACGGCCGAGAGCUCAGACGACACUCGUGAACUCGAGAAGCGCAUGGAUGCGCGAGACCGGCUAGCAGUCGAACAAGAGCUUCAGAAGUACAUUGAAGCAGACCUUCUUGAGUACGAUAACCCGGCCGACUUCGACCUUAUCGGGUAUUGGGAUGCUCACGAAAAGGUCUUUCCGACCCUUUUUUGCGUAGCACUCGAUAUUCUACCCGCUCAAGCAUUGUCGGUCCCAUCCGAGCGCGCGUUUUCUUCCGGAAGUGACACCGAUACGAAGCGCAGGAGUCGACUAUCGGCGGUACUGUUCGAAGUUCUGCAGAUUCUCAAAGCUAUGAUUCGUGAAGAUCGUUUGGACUUCAGUUCGGGAUGGGUGUCGAAGGUUGAUGAACUGCAGUCUUCGCCGCCUGAUGCAGCGGCGGCACAGAUUGAUGAGCUUGAAAAGCUUAACGAAUUCAUGGAUAAGGGCCUCAUGGAUGACCUUAUCAAUGUCCUCAACAAUGAAGAUAACGGGUUUAAUAUACAGCUUUGA